UUUUUUCUCCUCUACUGCGACUCAAGGCUUUGGCUUGUGUAGAGUCCGGACGCAGAGGCUCAUAAGCAGCUCAUCAGCACAUUUGCUCCUCAGCUCAGCGUGUUAUUAAGUUUCUCUGGCGCGUAUAAGCGCACUGGCUCACUCCAGAGAGAUAGAGAGAGAGAUGAUUUUUGGAUGUUAAACCCGAUUGCUGAUUCAUUUGUGACAUUUAUUUCAACCCGCAGUUGGUCCACGAGCCUCGGCGUCGUCCUGUGCCUGAUUUCCGCCUGAUGUUGAAGUCAUGGUGUUCGGCUCUGGAUGAGAAUUUUCCCGACAGUUCUCCCGGCUGAAGAAACGACAUCGCCGCGUCGUUCAUGGCGUUCAAGUCUGCAUGAUUUCUCCUUUCUGAUUUCGUCCAUGAUCCGGAUGAGCUUCUCCAAAGCCGCUGCUUCUUCAUGCAUGUGAUCUGAUUCAUUCCACCGCUGCUGAAGGGUGUUGAUGGAGAGCUUUUCGAAUGACAGCCGGGACAGUGGUCAUCACAGGCGGGAUUCUAGCUACAGUAAUCUUACUGUGCAUCAUCGCAGUACUGUGCUACUGUAGACUGCAGUAUUAUUGCUGUAAGAAGGAGGAGUCCGAGUCGGAGGAGGAGGAGCCUGACUUCGCUGUGACGUCUCGUCUGCCGCCGGUUCACUCCAACCACAACAUCCUGGCUCCUGCCGUCGCCUCGGCGCCCACCCCCAACGGGCCGGCCCUGUUCACGCCCCCGCCGCCAACGCGCAAGCUGACCCGCUCGCAGACUUUCUGCCCGUCCUGCACGCAUUACGACAUGCCCUUCUACCUGCAGCAGCCGGAAGGCCUGAGGAACGGCGGUGACCGUCUGAGCUUCCGCAGCGUCCAGCAGCACGAGCUGGAGCUUCCCACACCGCUGCCCACACCGCUGCCCACACCGCUACCCAACUACCAAAAGCUCAACCUUAACCGCUCCGUCACCAUGAGACAGAUGUUCACACGCAGCUGCAGCAUCAGCACCGACGUCUAGCGCAGGGACAGCGUCCGACCCGCGCCCCCUGCAGGCCUGGAGACGACACGCAGGUCCGUACAGACGUUCAGUUAGACCUCGGGCUCAGAGGACGCUGCACAGAGGGUGACCACGUUUUACUAGACAAAACACACCCCAUGAAGAGUGGUGAAGAUUACAGAUUAGAAAAGAUCAAAUGAAAUAAUCCUGAUGUCUGGAGCCGGUUUGGGGAAGUGAAAAGGGGGGAUAAAAAGGGCUUGAGAGAGAGUUCAUGUCUGAUUUUAGUCAAGAAAAGAAAAACAGCUCACUUUCUUUUGUACAUAAAGUUUAACUCAUUUUUGUAUUGUCUGUGUGUGUGUGUGUGUGAGACAGAUAUUUUAUCAGGAUUAUAUCGUAAAAUAAAAACCAACAGAAAGAAGAGAAAAUGAAAACAAGCUCAAAUCUGAGCUGCAAUAAAAAGAUUCGGAGUAAAUGUGACGUAGAAAACAAAACAGAAGGAAAAGAAGAACUUUCAUUUGUAUUAUUUCUUAAAUUAACAUUGCAGUGUAUUCGUCCAGAGACAGAUCCAUGUUUUUAAAUCCUAUUCCUCGGGUUUAUAAGAUGUGCCGUUUAUCUGAAAAGAUCUCCUCUUGUCCUGCUGAAGACGUUGUUCUGGUCAGCGGGUGGAGCUUCACCACCGCCGGACUGACAUACGGGACACGCCCCCUUCUCUCUCUCUCUGGACUGAAAUGGGUUUAUUCUGAGCCUGACUAUGUGCUGCUUUUCUUUCACAGAGGAAAUGACUGAUUUCUUCUACUGGAUUGUUUUGUAUUCAGUUCCAGAAAUGAUUUACGGAGCUGAGACGAAAGAUUUCCUUUUCAUAUUUCAGGUUUAACGGUGAGAUUUUUCUGUCCUAAUGGUGAUUUUUCUGACUUUACAAACAGAGUGUAGUCAUACUGUGUGUCACACACACACACACACACACACACACACACACACACACACACACACACUCUCUCUCUCUCUCUCUCUCUCUCUAGGCCAG